AUGGUUCAACUCGUUCCACUGAAGGCCUCUGAAGAUCAGCCAGAUGCUGCUGCUGCUCCUUCUGCUGAAGGUCAGCCAGACACUUCAGCUUUGGCCUCCACUGAAGGUCAGCCAUAUGCUUCAGCUCUGCUCCUUCCACUGAAGAUCAGCCAGACGUUUUCGUUUCUGCUUCUGCUGAAGGUCAACCAGAUGCUUCAGCUCGUGGCUCCGAAGAUCAGCAAGAUGCUGCUGCUCCUUUCGCUGAAGGUCAGCCAGACAUUUUACUUUCUGCUUCUGCUGAAGGUCAGCCAAAUGCUUCAGCUCGUUCCACUGAAGGCCUCUGAUGGUCAGCCAGAUGCCGCUUCAGCCCCAAACUCCGCUAAAAAGCAGCUAGAUGCUUUAUCUCUUGCGACAACUGAAGGUCAGCUAGACGCUUCAGCUCGUUCCACUGACGAUCUCCCAGAUGCUUCAGCCCUGGCCUCUGCUGAAAGUCAACCAGAUGCUUCAGCCACUGCCUCCAAAGAUCAGCAAGAUGCUGCUGCUCCUUUUGCUGAAGGUCAGCCAGACACUUCAGCUUUGGCCUCCACUGAAGGUCAGCCAUAUGCUUCAGCUCUGCUCCUUCCACUGAAGAUCAGCCAGACGUUUCGUUUCUGCUUCUGCUGA